AUGCCUACUCUUGUUAACUAUAGUGGAGAUGAUGAAAUCUAUUCUGGGGGCUCCUUCUAUACAAAUCCCACGGACCUUGGUCGAUUAUAUUCAGUUGGAUCCCAUGUGGAUGUAUACAGCCCUGCUUGCAAGCGGGCUCGCAUUAGUGCCCCUUUUCUCUUUGGAUCAUCUGGGUUUGAGCAGAAUAAGCGACCAUCAAUUGAAGUUCUUCCAGAUGAAUGCCUUUUUGAGAUCUUCAGACGCGUUCCUGAAGGCAAAGAGAGGAGUUCCUGUGCCUGUGUCUCCAAGAAAUGGCUUAUGCUUUUGAGCAGUAUCAGGAGGUCUGAAUUUUGCAAUAGCAAUACUGAAGAUGAAGAAAAGGAAACAGCACCUGCUGUUUGUAAUGAUGUUGAAAUGGUCUCUUGUGAAGACAACAGGGAAGUCGAGAGUGAUGGGUACCUUACCAGGUCCUUGGAAGGAAAGAAAGCAACAGAUAUGAGACUUGCUGCCAUUGCUGUUGGGACAAGUAGCCGUGGGGGCCUGGGCAAGCUGUUGAUCAGGGGAAGUAACUCUGUUCGUAGGGUUACCAACCUUGGUCUAUCAGCAAUAGCCCGUGGUUGCCCUUCUCUUAGGGCUCUUUCUUUAUGGAACGUUCCUUUUGUUGGGGAUGAAGGUCUGUUUGAGAUCGCAAAAGAAUGCCAUUUGUUGGAGAAGCUUGACCUUUCCAACUGCCCUUCAAUUUCUAACAAGGGUUUGAUUGCAAUUGCUGAGAACUGCCCUAAUUUGAGUUCUUUGAAUAUUGAAUCUUGUUCUAUGAUUGGUAAUGAAGGCUUGCAAGCUAUCGGAAAGCUUUGCCCCAAGUUGCAGUCAAUCUCUGUUAAAGACUGCCCUCUUCUUGGGGAUCAUGGAGUAUCAAGUCUAUUAUCAUCAGCUUCUUCUGUAUUAACAAGGGUGAAGCUUCAGGCUUUGAACAUCACAGACUUCUCUCUUGCCGUAAUCGGGCACUAUGGAAAAGCUGUUAUGAAUCUUUCCCUUAGUGGUCUCCAGCAUGUUAGUGAGAAAGGCUUUUGGGUCAUGGGUAAUGCAAAAGGUUUGCAAAAAUUAUCGUCUUUGACAAUUACUUCAUGCCGGGGGAUAACAGAUGUGAGUCUUGAAGCUAUUGCAAAGGGUUCUGUGAAUCUGAAGCAGAUGUGCCUCCGUAAGUGUUGUUUUGUGUCUGAUAAUGGGUUGGUAGCAUUUGCCAAAGCUGCAGGAUCUCUUGAGAGUCUGCAAUUGGAAGAAUGUAACAGGGUUACCCAGUCAGGGAUCGUUGGUGUACUUUCAAACUGUGGAACAAAGUUGAAAGCUCUUAGUCUUGUGAAGUGCAUGGGAAUUAAGGAUAUGGCUUUCAGAAUGCCAGUGCCCUCUCCUUGCAGUUCUCUCCGAUAUUUGUCCAUUAGAAAUUGCCCAGGAUUUGGCAGUGCCAGCUUGGCUAUGGUAGGGAAGCUGUGCCCUCAGCUUCAGCAUGUUGACCUAAGCGGGCUUUGCAGAAUUACAGAUGCUGGGCUUCUGCCACUGUUGGAGACUUGUGAGGCAGGUCUUGUGAAGGUGAAUCUUAGUGACUGCAUGAGUUUGAACGAUGAAGUAGUUUCAGCCUUGGCUAGGCUACAUGGUGGAACCCUUGAAUUGCUGAAUCUGGACGGUUGCCGAAAGAUCACUGAUGCUAGCUUGGUUGCAAUUGCUGAAAAUUGUCUGUUUCUCAGUGAUCUAGAUGUGUCAAAGUGUGCAGUCACUGAUUCUGGCAUUGCUAUCCUGUCAAGUGCAGAGCAGCUCAAUCUUCAAGUCCUAUCGUUAUCAGGAUGUUCUGAAGUAUCAAACAAGAGCCUGCCUUGCCUAAAGAAAAUGGGCCGGACCCUGGUGGGAUUGAACCUCCAAAACUGCAGUUCAAUUAGCAGCAGCACAGUUGAGCUGCUUGUAGAGAGCUUGUGGAGAUGCGAUAUCCUCACAUAA